AUGGUCGUGGACGUGGACGUGGACGUGGACAUGGACGUGGACGUGGACGUGGACGUGGACAUGGACGUGGACGUGUGGACGUGGACGUGGACGUGGACGUGGACGUGGUCAUGUGGACGUGGACAUGGACGUGGACGUGUGGACGUGGACGUGGACGUGGACGUGGACGUGGACGUGGACGUGGACGUGGACAUGGACGUGGACGUGGACGUGGACGUGGACAUGGACGUGGACGUGGACGUGGACGUGGACGUGGACAUGGUCGUGGACGUGGACGUGGACGUGGACGUGGACAUGGUCGUGGACGUGGACGUGGACGUGGACAUGGACGUGGACGUGGACGUGGACGUGGACGUGGACAUGGUCGGUUCUUAG